AUGUCCGUCAAAGUAAUUACCGGUGAAGAAACGAUGUCUGUUAAUUAUUUAUGGGAGGUGGGAAAUUUGAAUCGCCUAAAAUUAGGGACUCGGGAGAUAAAGUCGCCAGUGUUUGAGGUCAGUGAGGGUGGGAGCGAAAAUAAAUGGCAUUUUUUGUUAAGUUUUACCGGGGAUUGUUUGCUGAUUGAUUUGAAUUUCCGGUCGUCCUGCAAAAGAGGAAUCCAGUACAGUUAUUAUGUCCGGGAUAGUGAAGACAAAGUCGGGGAUAAAGAUAAAUUUGAGUGCGUACACAAAGGAUGGGGCUCGGGUGAGUUUAUAACAAGACAAGGAUCGGUGGUCAUGAAUAAAUUUUUUGGUAGCCUUGUAAUAUUUUGUCAAGUUGUUUUGAAACUGAACGUGGAUAGAGACGACGAGCUUGUGGUGCCCAGGUGUCAGCUGAUUGAUGAAUUGAAUUUUUUAUUUGGAAUUAAAAAUAAUGAGGUGGCGGGUAAAGUCAAAGAUAAUUCGCAAAUUGAAUUUUUUCGUGAUGGGAAAAAAUUCGGGGCAGAGAUAGACGAUAAAAAAAAUAGUGAAAAUGUGGAAAUUGAACUGUCUGCAGAUUUACAUGACAAAGAUAUCGAUUUACCUGAAAAGUAUUCGAAGAUCGAUAGUUUGAAAGCCAUGUGUCAGGACUUUAUUUAUGAAAACAUACAUAUGUACGAUAUUAUUGACGUUUUCACAGUCGCAGAGACUUCGAAUGCUGGUGUUUUGAAAUCGUAUGCGAUUGAGUUUAUCGAUAAAAAUAUUGACCAAGUUCUUGACGUCACAUCGUUUGAGGAAAUUCAAAUUAAAAACCCGCGUCUGGCUGUUACUUUGUUACGAGGAGCCGCAGAUAAAGUGAAUGAGUUUGAGAAAAAUUUGAAUACAUUUAAAAAAUUCCUUCAUGUUCACUAA